GCCGAAGACGACCGGCAAACGAUUUGAGGAUGUUGCCUGGAUCACGACGGUUACGUUAAAUGACCUCAACCCGGAACGAAGUCCACACCGUGCGGUAGGUGGGAUCCGAGGAACGGACAAGAUCCUUGCUUCAUCAGAGAAAUCAGAGGAGCUCCGAUUAUGCUGUGAACGGCGGGAACAUGAGGCUCCCAAAGCGCUGGGUCGCACACAGACGUGCUUUUCUAUUGGGAGGAGUUUUCUGUGUGCUAUGUCUGGUGAUAGUUUCAUCUCGGUCUGGGAAAGAAUCACUUAAGCCUCUGGAUUGGCAUCUCAACCCUGACUAUAAAAAGCUCGUGCACCAACAUGUUGACAAAAUACUGGCGCGUGAAUGUCAGCGCGGAAGCACCAGGCAGGGUCUUCUGGCUCGACUCCCCGCUUCCAGUCACCUGACCCGGCCCUUCCUGUGGAAGAACACGCCACUUACAAGCAACCUCUUUGAGUAUCCACCUCCGUUCGGGUUCAGAGGUCUUAAGGGAAGAGUACCGGCUCUGCUUGACCAGCUACCAGAGGCCACCGAAGAACCCCUGUUCAAAAAGGGUCCUAACACAUGUCAGCGCUGUGCGGUCAUUGGAAAUGGGGGCAUUUUGAAAGGCCUGGAGCUGGGUCCUUUCAUUGAUCGUUUUGACACCAUUAUAAGGUUGAACAGCGGGCCCCUGGGAGAGUUCAGUGUGGACGUUGGGACUCGAACCAGCAUCAGGAUGAGUUAUCCAGAAGGCACACCCUCUCCGUGGCUUGACACAGACCCAGAAACUAUGUUCGUCGCUGUGGUAUAUAAAGGCGUAGAUGUCAGCUGGAUCUCUGCAAUGAUGAACAAGCUCACUGUGCCUUUGUGGGACUGGCUAUUCUUCUGGCACGAUGUUCCAGAGGACAUCCCCCUUGAACGCAACAGGCUCAGGCUCUUAAAUCCACUCGUCAUCAAAGAGACGGCAUUGGAUCUACUCAAAUUCUCCCCACCGACAACACGCUUGUGGGGCUGGGAUCAGAAUGUCCCCACCCUGGGUGUCUCCGCACUGGAUUUAGCGAGUUUGCUGUGUGACGAGGUGAGCCUCGCAGGCUUUGGCUACAACCUGUCCCAGGAAAGGACUCCGUUGCAUUACUACGAUGAGCUCUCUAUGAGUGCCAUGCUUUGGCAGAAGAUGCACAAUGUGAAUGAGGAGACCCAAGUGCUUAAAAGUCUCAUCAUAGAGGGAACUAUCACUGACCUGACUGGGGGUGUUCACUGCUCCUUUUGCCCCUGAUUGCCUCCAAACUAUGUACAGUACUGUCAAGCAUUUUCUUUCAGCGCUGUCAAAGGACAAUAUUCUGAAACCGAAACACUAAUAUGCGGUGUGUUUCAAAACAUGAAACUGUUUCAACAAAGCAUUAUGCAUGCAUGCGAGAAACGUUCUGAGCGAAUCGAUGUUUUUCCAAAAGUGGUGUUCAAAAUGAACAGAAUGACUCUUCCUUACCAUUUCUGUAAGAUAGUUUACAGCAAAUGUUACCAUACGACCAAUUUUCAAGCGACCAACGACAUCUCUUUUUCUUUAUAUGAAAUGUUUGAUUCCAUAUAUGUAGGCUAUACACGAACACAUUCCUUCACCAGAUAUCCUCCGAGCUGCCUAUAUUUCAUCAGUCGUCAUUAGAGACUACAGCUGUAUGUACUUGCAUGUUAUUCUACUUAAAUUUAGGUUGCAUUGCAGUAUUUGUCUUUGUCUGUGGCCUGGUACUGUAUUUGUCAAAAAACAGAUUUGAAUAGCAGCUGUUUACAUUGCGUGAAAUGGAGGCUGACCCAAUCGAACAAUGCUCAUUUUGUGUUUUGUGAAAAACAUCAAGUAAGAAUGCUUUGACAAAGUCCAUUAUUAUUAUUGACACUGGAUGUAUCUGCAACACACAUUUUUGAUGGAUAGCUCCUGAAAAACUGAAUGUCUGUUAGCCUGAGAGUCCAUUUCUGAUCAAUGGAAAUCUGAAAUUUGAAAGCAUUCUUUCAGAUCCGUGUACAGUAUAUUUUUCGGCACAGCUAGGACAUCACUACAACUGUGGCAUCAGUUACUUGAUAUGCGUUUUAAGUUAUUUGUUUGUGUCCUUUUCCCAGUCCGUCAAUUGACACAUUUACAGUACCUUCCACAAAGCUUUCAGAAUAGAUGGUGUGUGAAAGCUAGUUAAACAAUGCCAGAAUAUUAAUUUAUGAAUGUUGUCUUAUUUUAAUUUUGUUUUGGGGCAGUUUGCUCCGUGACUAUUUAUAAUUUUCAGGGAAAUGGCUGCUGUUUGUGCUUAUAAAAUCAAAGCUACUAUAAUGGUAGUCUUGUUCUGUUUCGAUGUCCUAAAAUGUCCUCUGUCUCAUAAGUAGAUAAGAAUGAAUAUAGACGAAUGCACUUCCAUGCACUGAGUACAAUGUGUUUAAGAUGUAUGUCUGUUGAACUGUUUUUACCUAAAUAAAGGUAUCUUAAGAUGGGAAUGAACUUCAAAA